AUGGCUAGUGAAAUACCGUCUUCACAACUAUCGCAAAUAUUAUCUGCCAUACUAUCCAAACUACAAACCGCCAGAGAUGUAUCUCUACUCAUUAAAAUAGAACAAAAUGAAAUUAAAAUUUCCUUCUAUGCAAAAGCCACUGGCAUAACUUUUGCUGAACUAAUCAGUAGAGGAACUCCAAAUGGAUGCUUCAUCAAGUGGGAUGAUAUUGAGGAACUUGCAGAUGGCCGGGAGUUUUUUGAGACUUCAGUAGCUCAUUUGGAAAUUAUACUAGAGUCUUGGCCGCAGCGUAUCUCGGUUUUAUCAAUAUACUCGGGCCAGGGCGCCGAGGAAAUAAAGGAGAACAUUCUGAGAACUCAUGAGCUAUUCCUUUACAACUUUGGAGAAAUGCUCAAAUCACGAAAGUUUCUUCUGAAAGUAGCAGCUUUUGAUGUAAUACUAUGGAAGGAACCAUUGAACAAUCACCUGUCAACUAUCAUGUCAUGCCUUGACCCGAGAUUCCUGGUAACUAUAGUCCUGAGCUCUUCAGAUGAAGGAGCUAGAGUCGAUUGUGAGCAAUUGGUAAACAUGGAGCAAUGGAAAAGUGCAAGACGAAUAAAAAUGGAUGGCAUUGAAGUGACAAUGUCGAUUCGGGAUUUUUUGCGCUUUGAUGAAGCGAUAACGACACUACAUACAAUUACUAGUGACGACCUGGUUCUGUUGAAAGAUCACUUCAUACACAACCAAAAUCCAAAGUCUCUCACAUUGAAUUUUCAAAACUUUGUCAGUUCAGACCAAAACAAUGAAGAUCAGGCUCAUGAGGUAUUGGGAACUUGCGAUGAGAUCAAGUAUGUGAACGGCAAGCUGAGUAGCAAAAAAUGGCGGUUUCUAAUUGAAAGAUCUCAUUUCUCUAUUGAAUAUUUUCAGAUUGAAUUUAAAAAUUCCCAGUUUAAAUUUUCUCGGUUAUGA